ACCAGAUACUCUCACUUUGGCAUGAAGAGAUCUGCUACUUUAUCUAUCCUUUGUUUCCUGAUUCUAUCUCUAACCCUUCUCAUCUUCUUCUCUUUCUCCCUUUCACUCCGAGUUGUUGCGUUUUUCAUAUUCAACUUUAUUUCUCUCAGCAUCCUUAUAGGAAGCCCUAUGGCUGAAGUUGAAGGAGUGGUUUCCAUGCCUUUACUGUAUGAAGAAGAAGAUCAUGGUGAAAAUAAUUGGGAUGGCAGCGACGUGGUGGGUGUUGAAGGUUAUCAUGGUUAUGAUGCGUACGAUGAGGACAACGAUGAGGACAACGAUGAUGAUCUUGAUACAGCUGAUGUAGAUAGCGAGGAUGAUGAGGGCAAUGAUCAGUUGGAGAGGAGGACAGAGGAAUUCAUAGCAAAGGUCACUGCAAAAUGGAGAGAGGAGUUUCUCAAGGAGAGGAUUCUUUAUAUCACAGACUCUUAAUGAAAAUUAGUUGCGUUGCGUUUCCUCUGAUCCCAUAUAUAUAUUGAUAUUGAUAUAUAUACCAUGAAGAAGUGUGUGUAUAUAGGUAUAUAUAUAAGUUUCCAUUAAUUUGUAGAUGUUGUAACUUGAAGAUCCCAAUCAUGACGAUCAACUCUGUUGUGAUAUUUGAUAUGCAGAACAUGUAUAUAUCAUGUGUGUAAGUAUAUGUUCCAUAUUUGCAAAGGAAUAUUUAGAAGUAUGUGUGGAUAUUAAUUAGCAGUAUAUCUUAGUACAAUUUUGUUAAUUCUGAUCUUGAUUUUUGAUUUUUGAUUUUUUGAGAUGGUAGGGUUGUACUUUGAAUUUUUCAACCCGAAAUUGUUUGAUGUACCAUUAAUAAAAGAGAUAGGGUACU